AUGAGCAAUCGUGUGGUGAGUUUUAAAAAUGUCUUUUCUGAAAAUUAUUCCAAAGUUUUUAGCAAAUUGUGUUGGAUGCAUCAAUGAGAGAAAUGGUGAACGUUGCGAAUGAUGAAAAUGUGAGUUUAUUAUCCGAAAUUACAACUUUUGAAAAUGUUUUUCAGGUUCCGCCCAAUAGUCUUUCUAGAUUUAGAAAUGUUUCACCAAUUGAAAACUUCGAGGCAAACGUGAACGGACGUGAACAUCUUUUUGAACUUGUAAGUUUUUCUUAUCUUUUUAUUUUUCAAACAAAAAGUUCUAAUUUAGGGCGCUUUGUUUUACCGUUCAUAUGAAAAUGCAAAUAAUAUUUUUUUUUCAGCUGAGAAGAACUGCGGGUCGGAUUCGUGAAGGAUAUAUCACCUACGAAACUUCUCCCAAUCAAAUCAGAGAAUCACGACCAAGAGUAGGGAGACCCAUUGAAAGAAUCAGAAGAAGAAGACAAAGAAGAAGACGUCAAGUUCAAAACAAUUCCAAUUCAAUUAGAAUACCAUUUCUUGUUCGUGCUCCACUCAGACAACCCUUGAGUGAAAUCAACAAAAAUACUAAUGUUGAGCCGAGAAAAGAGGAAUCUUCAGAAAAACUAGAAGAACCACAAUCCACCACUCAUAAAAAACAAAAACGACGUGUCAUUUCAUUGGUUCAAAGACGACAAAAUAAGUAA